AUGGCGUCUGGCAGAAUUUUCAAUUUCUCAGCUGGUCCUUCUAUGCUCCCAGUAGAAAUCCUAGAGCAAGCUCAAGCCGAUGUUAUAAACUGGCAUGGGACUGGAAUGAGUGUCAUGGAAAUGUCUCACAGAUCAAAACCUUUUGAAUCCAUCCACAAGAAAUGCAUUCAAGAUCUUAGAGACCUUCUCAACAUCCCUCCAAACUUCAAGGUCCUCUUAAUGCAAGGAGGCGGAUCAACCCAAUUUGCUUGCGUCCCACUAAACCUUCUCAAAGAUAAAGAGACUGCAAACUACCUCACUACUGGAGCUUGGUCCACAAAGGCCAUUGAAGAAGCAAGAAAAUAUUGCAGAGCUCACGAAGUCGCAACUUCCAAGUCUAUAAAUCGAUCCCUGAUUUAGAUCGGGCUUACUGGAUUGGGGAAAAGUCAGAUGUGGAUUUGACGAGCCAACUUUUCUGGUAAAGUCAGAUCCCCAGAUGGCAAUCUUCUUGCUAUUUGAUUUUUGUCAUCUGGAUUUGACUUUUUCAAAAAAAUUAGUUAGUCAGCUCCCCAUUUGAAGUCUCCCGCAGUCAAGCCCGAUCCAAAGCAGCGAUCGAGCUAUACCAAUUUCACAACCAUCCCAGACCCUAGCACUUGGAACGUAGAUCCAAACGGAGCUUACUUCCAUUACUGUGCAAAUGAGACAAUUCACGGUGUCGAGUUUACUUUGACUCAAGAAAUGCUGGACAGAAUUGGCGAGGUUCCAAUUGUAGCUGAUAUGUCUUCAAACUUUUUAAGUAAGCCAAUUGACUUUUCUAAUUCCACUCCUUUGAAUUGGAAGAAAAAAUCCUGUUAAAAAAUAAAAUAAAUCUUAAUAAUAAUAUUUUUGUAAAUAUUUAUAAUUAAAAUUAAAUUGAAUGCUAUAUUGCUGAAUUUUAAAAUUUUUAUUUAAAAAAUUAUCCUAUUCGAAGAGUCAACUAUUUAUAUAACAUUCUGCAUGAAGUUCCUCAUUAAAUAGAGUCAAAGAUAAUUAUAUAAAAAUUAGUAUUUUCAUCUAUCAAAUCUUAAAUUGAAAAUUAAAAUUUUGCUCUAAUUAGGGGCUAAUUUACCCAAAAAGUGACGAUUUUAUCAAUAUUUUGUUUCAAUUUAAAGGGGGAGUAAGCACGCUGUAGUAUAUGCAGGCGCCCAAAAGAAUGCUGGCCCUGCAGGCGUCACUUUUGUGAUUGCUCGUGAAGAUAUGUUAGGACAUGCCAAGAAUAUCACCCCAACUAUGUUGGACUGGAAAACCCAAGCUGAUAACGAUUCCAUGUACAAUACCCCACCAUGCUAUGCAAUUUAUAUCUGUGGACUUUACUUUGAUUACAUGAAGAGACAUGGAGGAAUUGAAGCAGUUCAAGAACUUGAUAGACAAAAAGCAGCAAUUCUUUAUGAUUUGUUUGAUAGCUCCAAUGGAUUCUAUACAAAUCCAGUCAAUCCUCAGUAUAGGUCAAAGAUGAACGUACCUUUCUUAAUCAAAGGAGGAAAUGUGGAUUUGGAAAAGAAGUUUUUGGCAGAAGCUGAAGCUGUUGGGCUAUCAACAUUGGCUGGUCAUCGCUCAGUAGGAGGGCUAAGAGCUUCAAUAUAUAAUGGAAUGCCAUUAGAAGGUGUCAGAAGACUUGCAGACUUCAUGACUGAAUUUAAAACUAUCUCCCUACAUUAAUAAGUAAAUUCUUGCUUAUUUCUCGGAGUUUUAGCACAAAAUUUUGAUAACUUGAGGUAAAUAUAAAAAUUCUAAUUUCUGGCAUUUUAUUUGGAAAAACCUUAUGACCUCGGCGAACUAAGACGGACUCCGAGCUAAAAAUCAAGUGUUGUAUCACUAAUAUGGCUAGCACCUGACUUUAAAUAAUCCUAUUCCUUAUCUAGAAGCACUCAGUAAUAACUAUUUAUAUAAAUUUACUUUUCGAAAAUUUUGUGAUAACCCCACGAAUACGCAAUAAUUUACUUUUUAUAACGGGAGUAAGCAUGAGGCAGAAUAA